CGAAAGACACUCAUUUCAAGCAGUCGACUUAUUAACACAAUGUCGGGAAGUCUGGAGACAUAUGAAAUCUCUCUGCCACAGGGUCAGAUCAAGGGAACAAAGUGUCGUACUCUCUAUGACGACGAGUAUUAUAGCUUCGAGCGUAUUCCAUUUGGUAAACCGCCUCUUGGAGAGUUGCGUUUUAAAGCACCGCAACCGGCCGAUCCAUGGACUGGAGUUUUGGACUGUACCCAUUUUGGAGUGAAGCCGGUUCAGAAAAAUAUGCUCACGGGUGCCAUUGAUGGGAAUGAAGAUUGCCUCUAUCUAAAUGUAUAUGCCAAACAGCUUAAAACAAAAAAACCCCUACCGGUGAUGGUGUAUAUCUUUGGAGGUGCAUUUACUGUAGGCGAAGCUUCACGAGAACUUUAUGGGCCAGAUUAUUUUAUGGCCAAGGAUGUGAUUUUGGUAACGUUUAACUAUCGCGUUGAUUGUUUUGGUUUUCUAAGUCUGAAGGACCCCAGUUUGGAUGUACCUGGCAAUGCAGGCCUUAAGGAUCAAGUGUUGGCUCUUAAAUGGGUCAAGAAAUAUAUUUAUUACUUCAACGGCGAUGCCGACAACAUUACCAUCUUUGGGAACAGCACAGGCGGUUGCUGUACCCACUAUAUGAUGUGCACGGAACAAACGCGUGGACUCUUUCACAAGGCUAUUCCGAUGUCAGGUACACUUUUUAACUAUUGGUCCGAUACGCCACCCUCGGACUUUGCAUAUCGACUGGCUAAGUUCCAUGGCUACGACGGCGAGAAUGUUGAUCGCCAGGUGUUCGACUAUUUGCGAAGUGUGGAGCCUUAUAAGCUGGUCAAUCAUAAUUUAUUGACACCUGAGGAAUGUCGCAACGGACUUCUUUAUCCGUUUGGAGCCACUGUGGAGCCUUAUGUGACUGCGGAUUGUGUGGUACCUAAGUCGCAACUGGAAAUGGUGCGAGAUGCUUGGGCAAAUGAUUUGCCUGUAAUGCUGGGCGGUGGUUCCUUUGAGGGACUGUUCAUGUAUCCAGGCCUAAAGGCAAAUCCUAAGAGUAUGGAUACCUUGACUCAAGAUCCUCAUCGAUUCGUGCCUUACGACGUUCGUCUAGUCAACACCGAUGAACAAAUUCUAAAGUUUAGCGAAAAGUUAAUUAAACUAUAUUUUGGGGAUGAAACUCCUAGUUCCAAGCACGUAAUGACACUCCUGGAUUACUAUUCGUACAAAGUCUAUUGGCAUGGUUGGCAUCGCACUUUGAAGGCUCGUUUGGCCUACUCGAAGGCUCCAACUUUUUACUAUCGUUUUGACUUCGAUUCGCCAGACUUUAAUUUCUAUCGUAAAAAAUUCUGUGGGAAUGACAUCAAGUCUGGAGUUUCACAUGCCGAUGAGCUGAGUUAUUUAUUUAGAAACUCACAAUCCUGGAAGUUGGAGAAAACAUCGGGUGAGUAUCUCACCAUUCAACGCCUGGUGGGAAUUUGGACAUCAUUUGCAGCCAAAUCCAAUCCAAAUUGUGAGGAAAUUAAGCAUGUUACUUGGGAGCCCUCGACGAAAGAUCAAAUACAGCGUGUUAUAAAUAUAAGCAAUGAGGUCACGAUUAUCGAUUUACCAGAGUAUGCAAAACUGCUAGUUUGGGAUAGUUUGUAUAAACCGGAGAUGCUAUUUUAAAUUUUUAAA